GUGGACAGCGGUUGAAUUUUACUAAUAAAAAUAAACAUUUGUACAAUAUUUGCCUUAAUAAGACGUUUAGAGUAAACAAAAUGAAGUUUUAAUGUUUAUUUCUUGUUAGAAUUUCAGUAUGUCUUUAGAAGAAGUUGCCUUUUUGAAAGAUCAAGUUCAGAGAUUAAACCAUGAACUGUCGAAGUACAGAGAACAAAAUGUUGAACUGCAGGAAGAUUCAGAGAGUCUACUGCCUGCAUCUGGCCCCCCUGCACCAUGGCUCACUCAUAAAGAUCUUGUGUCCCCAUUAAUAGCAGAGUAUGACGCACAGAUUAGGGAGCUUGAGGACGAGUUGAAAGCACUCAGGCCAGAGCUGGCAAAACUGGCGCAGGAAAAUGGAAGGUUGUCCGACAGGCUCAAGGAUGCCAUUGACUCUCACUUACCGCCAGAUGGUCAGUCUGUCACUGGACAACCACAUGGAGAUGACCAGUUACUGACCAAUCUGCAGCUGCAAGUGGAAACUGCUCUGCAGGAGAAGGAAGCUGCAGUGGAGAGAUGGCAUGAGGCAGAACAGGAGAUCGACCGGCUGCAACAGCAAGCACAGGAAGAGAAAAAUAGUCACCAAUGGGGAGUGAUAGAGCACCAGGCCCACCAGAUGCAGUCAGAAUACUUUGAGACUGUGAACCUUCUGAACAAAGAACUUGAGCAGACUCAGCAUGAACUCAGGGAGGUGAGACAGGAGCUAGAGAUGGCUACUCAUCAGGUGAAGGACUUACGAAGAACUAACAAAGAACUUGAGGCACAGUUGGCAUGGAAGGACCAAGAGGUUGCCGAGGUAAUUUUCAAGGAGGGAAUCACGGACAGCAAGACAAUAGAACUGAAGAGGAUUAUGGAAGAUCGCAAGAGAAAGGUAUCUUCGCUGGAAAGUGAGGUUGAAGAAAUCAAGAGGGAAAAGCAGGCCCUGGAAGUUAGACUCUCUGAAAUGCAGAAACGAAGCACGGAUGUUGGAAAACAUGAGUUGGAAGCUGUGGCUCAGAUGAGAGAGGCUGUACAGAUGGUGGAAACUGCCGCUCUGGAGAAAGAACAGGCCGAAGUGACUCUUCAACAGAAGGAGGAAGAGUUGGAACAGUUACGAGAAGUUAUCAACAAACUCAUCAAUGAGGCUGGGGCUCGUACAAGGCAGGAGGUGGAUGCGGUGAGGACUCAGAGCAAUGAGAGCAUUAAGAGACUGACGGAGGAGGUCCAUGCACUGGAGAUGGACAACUCGGAGAAGGUUGAUGCCUUGGAGAAAGCAAAGAGGGACAAGAGGACGGCUGAAAGUGAAUUGGAGAGGGUAUACAGAGAGGGUGUUCAACAAAUGACGAAGGAAACAGGGAGCAUGGAGGUGAUGAACAAGCGGGCGAUUAAUGCAGAACGGGCGAGGGAUGAUGCCUUACUUCAGGUGGAAACCCUACAGCACAAACUCAAGAGGGAGGAAAACAAUUGCCAACAGUUAAAAGAGCAGCUAGAAGGCCAGCUGAACAGCCAGCGUGAACGAAUAUCGGCACUCCAGCAGGACUUUGAGGCCAGUAACGAGGAUCGCAUGCGACUGCAGGAUGAUCUUGAUGAGCUACGGAAGAAAGUGCAGACAGCCAAUCAGGAGAAGGAGGCUGCACAGAGGAAAUACCAUAAAGAGAUUACCAUCUUUGAACAAGAUAACAUAAUGAAGCUUCGCGAGUAUGAGGUUAAACUACAGUCGACAGAAGAUGUGAACAGGCAUUCUAUAACUGAACUCAGAAAACUUCUCAAUAACCAGCAGCGAAUGUGUGCUAGGUGGAAGGAGGAGUGUACAAGUAUCGCCCAGAAGUAUGAGGGCAAGCUGUCCGAGAUGAAAGGGGAGGUCACUCAACUGAAGAAUCGCAACAAGGAGGUCACAAAACUCCUGAAGGACAGCCAGGAGAAAACUCUUCAGACAUGUGCCUUCAGGUUCAAGGCCAGACUUAAGUCAAAGGCAGAGAAGAUGAUACAGGAAUAUACACGCGGAAUUCAGCGCAUGGAACAGAGGAUGAGGGACUCAGAAAACAGGGCCGCUGAUGCUUCAAAACAGUUGUCACGACACCUGAUUAGAGGGAAACAGAUGGAGAGUGAGCGGAGAAGUUUGUCUGCGGAGCUGAAGCGGAGUCAGAUCGAUGAGUUACGUCGUAGCCACACAAAUGCUCCAAUGCGAUCACCAAGAGGCCAGCCAGAGGACCUACACAUUGGAGACCUUACUGCCAGCCAGGGGUCAAUGAAUGGAUCGGUACGGAGAAAAGGCGAGCUUGAUGAUUUCCUUGAGAAAACAUGAUAACACUUCAACAGCUAUAGUUAACAGCAUUUGUUAGAAUUUAUUUUAAUUUAUUUUAUUGACAUUAAAAGGCCUUAUGACCCAACUGUAUGCCUUACAUUUGGUAUUUUGAUUUAUUUUGUUCAAUCGAAAAAGCAUGGCAGCUCUUGCUGAAUAACUGUUAUACAUGUAUAUGUACAUUGAACUUGUUAUGUUUAAUAAUUGUGUUCAAUACAGAUUAAAAGAAUUAAGUUCUUGUAAUGUAUAGUGAUAUAAAAUUGUACCAUUAUUACAACCUAUUGAAAUGUUGUCAGAAAUAUUAUGAUUAUUCUGAAAAUUCUUAUAAUAUAAGCCAACCUUUAGAAAUAUUCAGUCAUAUACAUUAUUGGCCAGCUGCUCAGCUGUUUCUUAGUUCUCACCCGAUAUGGGUUUCCUUUGCCUGGUAUAUCCCACCUACUAAUCUGUAAACUAUGUCACGUCUGCAACCUGUAUACAUUGAUCAAUAUAUGGGGAAUGUUUCUUUUAUUCUUCGGAAUUGGAAAAUAGAUGCCAUUUUGGUAUUAUAUAAUUCAGUGAGCCAAUAUGGAAAAAUAUGGGGUCACUAUGUGACCAGUCCUGGACCAAUGGCAUUGCGUCAUUCAUGUUAAAGUGUGAUUCUAUUCUUAUACUACAAUAGCUUAGAAUGGUAAAAUUACAAUGGCUAUAAUAUUUUUGAAUCCUAUAAACUUGGUUUAAACUUGAGCAAAUGGCCAUAAAUAAAUGUUGGUUCUUAAAUAAUUCAUGUCUUAAAAUGUUAUAUAAUAUUGAAACAGUAUAAAAAAAAUAUCCUGCCAUGUUUUAUAUAUAUACUGAUUAUUGUCUGUGAUAUUUGUGGGUUGUAGUGCUUUAGAUUUAUAAGCCCUUCAGGGGACUCACUAAUAUUUUGUACAAUGUAUUCUAUUUCAUAAAUAUAUGAAACCAGUA